CUUCACACCCACUGUAACCGAUUCGCCUCCGACCUCUCCGCCCGAUUCGAAGACACCACCAAACGCUUCGCAGAAUCCACAACCAAUAGACGUUUCUCUCCUCCUCCUCCGCCCUUCGCCUCCGUCUCUCAGUCCUCCAAGCCUUCUUCCACCGCUGCAACCUUGAACCCGUCCCACGUUGCUAAAGCUCUCGCUGGCACGUCGGUCUUCACGGUCAGCAACACCAAUAACGAGUUCGUUCUCAUCUCGGAUCCAACAGGAGACAAGUCUAUCGGUUUGCUCUGUUUCCGACAAGAGGAUGCUGAAGCUUUUCUUGCUCAGGCGCGCCUCCGGAGAAGAGAGUUGAAAGCCAAUGCUAAGGUUGUUCCCAUUAAUCUGGACCAGGUCUACUUGUUAAAAGUUGAGGGGAUUUCUUUUCGCUUCUUGCCGGAUCCUAUCCAAAUUAAGAAUGCAUUGGAGCUCAAGUCUUCGAGUAGUAAGAAUGGGUUUGAUGGAGUUCCGGUAUUCCAGUCUGAGCUUCUUGUUGUGAGGAAAAAAAAUAAACGUUACUGCCCUGUAUAUUUCAGUAAGGAAGAUAUAGAGAGGGAACUUUCAAAGUAUACAAGAGCAUCAAGAGCAGAUCAACAAAUUAUGGUUGGGAGUUUGGAAGAUGUCUUGAGGAAAAUGGAGAGGAGCGAGAAGAAUUCAGGUUGGGAAGAUGUAAUAUUCAUUCCACCAGGAAGAAGUUAUGCACAACACAUGCAGGAGGUGAUCAAAGAGUAACAAAAGAUUGAGAGACACAGUAUGUAGUUUCAGUUUGAUAAAAUAAAACAACUUCUCUUGAGAUUUUGCAAUAUUAUCAUUGUCCCCAAAGAGCUCAACGCAGUUUCAGUUAUUUUUUUUUCGUUCUUUCCACUCUUUAACACCAUUCAAUCUCUUGGUUCUUACACACCCUAACUUAUAAUUGUUUGUAUGGAUACAAAUGGUAAAUGUAUUUUGGUUUAAAGUUA